AUGAAAACUCUACAAUCGUUUAUCUUUUGUGGGAAAGGUUCAAAUUUAUCACCUUUGUCUAAUCCAAAUAUUGAUCCAUCAGUAAAUGAUAAAGAAUUAAAUAAUAUUAGUGAAUUUAAUGUUGAAGCAUUGGCAAGAUUACCAAAAGCUUUAUUGCCAAUUGCUGGUAAACCAAUGAUUGAAUAUGUUAUUGAUUGGUGUGAUCAAGCAGAUUUUUCUGAAAUUAAUAUUGUUGCACAUAUUGAUGAAAUUGAUUUUAUUAAAGCAGGUUUAAAAUCAUUUUUAAAAUUAAGAGACCAACAAUAUGAAUUAAUUGCAAAAGCUUUAUUGUCAACUAAUCAUACUCAUCAUUUAAAGAAACCAAAAAAAAUUAAUUUCAUCUCAACAAAAUCUUCAUAUACAAGUGAAUUGUUACAAAAUGAAUUAUUAGAUAAAAUCCAUAGAGAUUUUGUUAUUUUGCCAUGUGAUUUCAUUACAGAUAUACCACCUCAAAUAUUUUUAGAUCAAUAUCAAAAUAGAGAUGAUGAUAAUAUUGCAAUGGCAAUUUAUUAUAAAAAUUCUUUAGAAAAUGUUGUUGAUAAGAAACAAUCUCAUAAAAAUAAACAAGAUGAUAAAAUGUUUACAUUAUAUUGUGAAAAUCAACAUACUUCAAAACAACCUGUAUUAUUAGAUACAUAUUCGACAAGUGAAGUAACAAAGGGUAAAUAUUUAAAAGUUAGAGAUCAUUUACUUUGGAAUUACCCAAAUUGUUCAAUUUCAAAAAAAUUAAUUAAUUCAUUUAUUUAUUUUUGUUCUUAUGAAUUAGUUCAAUUAUUAACUAAGGAUGAAAACGAUACUAAUAAUAAUCUGUUAACUACAGAAAAUGGUUCAAACAAUAUUAACAAUAAUAAUAGCAAUAACAACAAUAAUAAUAAUGACAAUAAUAAUAAUGGUAAUAGCACCGUAAACAAUUCUAUGAACAAUGGUAUUAAUAAUAACAGUGGUAAUUCCAUGGGUCAAAACUCUUUAAUCUCAAAUAAAAAUAACUUGAACGGCAAUGGUAAAGAUACUAAUAAUUCUCCUAUAGAUCCAACUUUGAUUCAUCCAUCUUAUUUGAGUAAACCAAAUAAUUUGAUUAAGGAUACUAUCAAUACAAAGAGUUCAAUAGCAAAAUUGUUUAGAGAUUUAAGUAGAAGAUCAUGGCAACAUUCUACUGAAAGAGAAACUAUCUCCAUUUUCAUUUUACCAGAAGAAUCUACUUUUAUCCGUUCCAAUGAUUUGAAUUCUUAUAUGGAUGCUACUCGUUUUAUUUUAAAGAUUAAAUCAAAUUCGAGUAAUUUACCUACAACUUCAACAAUGUCUUCUACAAUUGGUGCAGAUUCUGUUGUUGAUUCAACUGCUACUUUGAUGGAAAAGAAUAGUAUCAAAUUAUCUUCCAUUAAUGCCAAUUGUACUAUAGGUAAUAAAUGUCGUAUCUCUGGUUCUAUCUUAUUAAAUAACGUUCAAGUUGAUGAUGAAUGUAUAUUAGAAAAUGUUAUCAUUGGUCCAAAUGCUAAAAUAGGGAAGAAAUCUAAAUUGACUAGUUGUUAUGUGGAAGGUAAUUAUAUUAUUGAUUUAAAGAGUAAUUUCAAGAAUGAAACUUUGAUGAAAAUAUAUGAUGAGGAUGAAUUUGAUGAUUAUGGAAGCGAUGCCAUAUAUGAUUCCAAUACUGACUCUGAUGAUUUUGAUGAAGAAGAAAGUGAUGGUGGGGAGUACUACGAUGAUGAGGAAUUUGAAGAUGAUGGUCUCUUUGAACGUUAA